AGCCAAGAUGAUUCCAUCACUUUUCUGGGCAAGUAACUGCAACAUUUACUUGUUUUCACGUUGAAGACUGUUUCUCACAUUCAGAAGGCUCCCCUCUUCCCUAUUGCCUCCUGCCUGUCACCAUGCAUCCUUGUGAAAAGAGUACCAUCAUCCUCUCUGUAACUACCUACUAGGUGUUGGAAAACCGUGAGUAGGCAUUCCCCACCUGUCCAAGCCUUCCAUUCUCUAGGCUGUACAAACCCACUUCCUUCAACCUCUCUUAACUUGUCAAGUUCUCCAACACUCAAAUCUUGGUGGCAGUUCACUGCAUCACAUCCAGUUGUUCAAUUGUUGGGAGGACCAACACUAUACACAAUAAUCUCGGUAUGUCAUAACAAGUGCUGGGUAGAGCGAAAUAAUCAUACCCUUGGUCUCUUGACUAUACUCUUACUGAUGCAGCUCAGGACAGUUUGCUUCCAGUGCUUCUAGCACAAACUGCUGACUCCUGCAUAGCUUGUUGCUUAUCAUGACCACCAGGCUAUUUUGGUAGAGCUCCAUUCCAGACCCCAACCUGCUUGACAUUAUUCCACCCAUCCAUGACUUUACGUUUAUCUUUGUUAAACUCCAUACCAUACCUUGUUGGCCCAUGGUGAAUUAUAACCUCAAUAUUAAUUAAUAAACAGUUAGCAGGACAUAUUCCUAUUACAAAUAAACAUGAGCUGCAGCUAGCCCCUUAACAUAACUCAUGUUCAGUGUUUGAGAACUUCCAAUGAUUUUCAGAUAAAAAGGUACAGGUGGUAACAGACUUCAAAAAGUAAUUCUGUACCUGCUCUGUUGAUUACCAAUAUUCCUCAUUCCCAGAUACACCUGGGAGUAAAAAGGAUUUUAAUCCAGCCCUCUAUAAAAUAGUAACAUUUUUUCCUUUUGUCUGUAAAAUCAAAGAGGGCAUAAAACAAUAUCUGACAUACAGCACCCAAUCAGGAUAGAAAAAUGUACAAAUUUACAUUUUACAGAACUCAUAAACAGAUUUAUAUGUGGGCCAUGAGAUGUAGGCUGGACCUGCAGUCCUUCCUGCUUUGAGAGGCAGAGAUCAAGAUUCUUCUGCUGUAUGGAGAGAACAUAAUUUUCAGAGCAGAGUUUCUCUUAUGAAAGUAGAACACAUCUGACGCAGGUAAGCACUCCCCCUCUGUUUACUCCGCCCUCUUUUCGAAUGAGUUUCCUGCUUUUGUGGGACAGACCUGGAAGAGCUGGAAAAGUGUAGAAGGUAUGUGAUCGCCUAGAAAUUUUUUCAGAGUCAGAACCUGGAAAGCUGAGGUUCUACUUUCCCACGGAAGACUAGCACAACAGGAUCUCCCUGUGGUUUUGUGCCUACCCAUAUUCACUAGCUUCCAGCUUUUACUUUCAAAAUAAAUCUUCCUCGUGUCCCUGAAAGAAGACUCAAAAGGAGGAAGGGAGAGUUUUUACUGGUAUCCUGUCCUCAGGUCAGAAAGGGAAGAAGCAGGGACAGAAGAGCUUGCAUGAAUCUCCUUGUGAUGAAGAUAGAAGUUAAAACAUGACUGUUCCUACCUACCAAAGCCUCGUUCUGAUGUCUGUCCCCUUAACUGGUUAUCUGUUCUCGAAUGUCUGCUACCACCACCCAUACUACCAUGUGGUUAGAGUCACACUGGAAGAACAUCCGCCAAGCCUUGUUGCUUCUUUUCACUGCUGCUCUUCUCAUUGGGGUCACCAUGCUAGCCAUUUCAUCUAACAUUAACCCAAUAGGCUACUUCUUCCUAGGGGUAGGUGGAAUAUGCCUGAUUGGCUAUUUGCUGAGCGUGUUUGUUGAGUGUUACUUGAAGAAUCAACACCGACGUGACACAAAUGAGAUACCUCCAAACAGACAAAGCCAAGCAGGGGUGAAUGCUGCCUAUGAAGCACCUACAUACGAGGAGGUGAUGACUAUGUCAGUUCCAGCGAUAUGGACAAUUGCAUCCAAUCCAGGCUCAGUGCCCUCACCAUUGAGCGACCCCCCCCCUUACAAUGUAGCUAUUGAAUCACCUGCCCAGGAAGAGACUGUGAUGGAAACCCUCAGGGUCUCAGUGGCAUCAGCCACAAGGAGCACCUCUGAGACAGACACAGGCUCCAGGAUGCACUUGCAGCUGGUGCUGCCCCCAAGAUUGCGAUUUGCUUCAGAUAUCCAUGAAGUGAAAGGUACCACAGACAGGUUUGAGCCACUGGAGCCGCUCACUCCACCACCUGCUUAUGAGAGUGCCAUCAACGAUGAGGUCUUUGAAGAUGUCUUCCAGCCCUCCACAGUAUGAUUAAUUCCACCUUCUAUGAAGGCAGGACCAAGCCCCCACCUGGCUGAACCUCAUGGUUCUCCUGGAGGGAAGGUGAAAGAGCUGAUUUUUUUCAUGCCUGAAACAGGAGAAGUUUGUCUUAUCAUUCCUUGAACCAGAGCUGAACUACAGACAUAGCAUCUAAUUUCACUACAAACUUUGCACACUAAAUAAUUCAGUGCAAUACCAUGAUGCUUCAUCUUGGCACAAAAUAAACAAAGUCACUGAAGAGAAAAUUGUGUGACAUAUAGCAACAACCGAAACUGGAGAUAUAUCUUUAUGGGGAAGAAGAGCGAAUCAUAAGGAAAGACAAGCUGCCUUGGAAAGGGGAGGAAUAGAAACAGCUCUGAGUAGAUUCUGCCUGUGCAUUACUGUUUGCCUGUGCAAACAGUAUCACUGAGAGUUUUGUGAUCAUCAACCACCCUAAAUUUCCUAUUGAGAGACUGAGACUGCAGUUCCCUGAUUGUAAAAGUUUUGGCAGCAACAAAAACUUAUGAUCUGUGCUAUUUGUUGCUACGUCUCUGCUGCACUCACACCACAUCCUCAGUUGUGCUAACAUUGAGAGGAGGAGGGCUGUAUUCAUUUGGAAGCUGAUACUACCUAAUACUAUCACUUUGCUGCCAAUCAGCUCGAGGUUGAAAACCUCACAGCAGUUGUGGCAUUAUGAAACAAUGUGUUAUUUAGAAGGUUCUCAUCCUACACUGCCUGCAGGUGAUGAACAUAAGGAAGACAACACCAUUUUUUAUUCCAGUGCGAGAGGUCAACAAUGGAACACAUACCCUCUGCCUGGAGGGUUGGGCCGAGAAGAACCUCAUUAAGUUCAGCAGGGGCAAGCGCAGGGUCCUGCACUUAGGGAGGAAUAACCCCAAGCACCAGUACAGGCUGGGGGGUGACCUGCUGGAGUACAGCUCUGCAGAGAGGGACCUGGGAGUCCUGGUGGACAGCAGGCUGACCAGGAGCCAGCAAUGUCCCCUUGUGGCCAAGGAGGCCAAUGGUAUCCUGGGCUGCAUUUGGAAGAGUGUUGCCAGCAGCUCAAGGGAGGUGAUCCUGCCCCUCUUCUCAGCCCUGGUGAGGCCACACCUGGAGUAUUGUGUCCAGUUCUGGGCUCCCCAGUACAAGAGCAACAUAGAACUACUGGAGUGAGUCCAGCAAAGGUGUAUGAAGAUGCUUAGAGGACUGGUGCACCUGUCGUACGAGUACACUCUGAGAGAACUGGGCCUGUUUAGCCUGGAAAAGAGAAGACUGAGGGGAGACCUCAUUAAUGUAUAUAAAUAUCUGAGGGGAGGGUGUUGAGAGGAUGGAGCCGGUCUCUUUUCAG